AUGCCGGUGAAUUUAACGGCGAAUGCAAUCUCUGCGAUAGUCGCCGGAGAUGUCAACGCCAAGCCUUUGGUCCAAAUCUUGGACGUCAAGCUCGCUGGCGCCACUCAGGACCGGUACCGCCUUUUGAUCUCCGACUCGGUUCUUGUUCAACAAGCUAUGCUUGCUACUCAGCUCAAUGGCCUAGUUAAGGCUGGGGGUCUUCGCAAGGGUUCCGUCGUUCAGUUGAUCGAGUAUAUCUGCACUUAUAUCCAAAAUCGCAAGAUAAUUGUUGUCCUCAACAUGGAAAUUAUCAUUCCAGAUUGUGACAUAAUUGGGAACCCAAAAAUGUUAGACGAAUCAGAUUCAGCAGUUCAGAAAUCAGUGCCUGAAAGACCUUUUUUAAGUGCAGCUUCUGAUAAUAACAAUAAUCACCUUGGAGCACAAAAUGCUGUACGUUCCAAUGCACCAUUUCGUAACAAUGUGAACUCCAGCAAUUUAGCCAGUAGUGCGCAGAGCUUCCGGCCGGUAGUUCAGCCCCCAUACCAACCACCUCCAAAUUUUAAAGGCCACGGUGCUAUCAUGAAGAAUGAAGCACCAGCACGCAUCAUUCCCAUUGCCGCAUUGAAUCCGUAUCAGGGUAGAUGGGCUAUCAAAGCAAGAGUGACUGCGAAAGGAAAUCUCCGUCGUUAUAACAAUGCCAAGGGAGAUGGUAAGGUCUUCUCCUUUGAUCUUCUUGAUUCUGAUGGUGGGGAAAUACGUGCAACCUGUUUCAAUGCUGUUGUUGACCGGUUUUAUGAUGUUAUUGAAGUUGGUAAAGUUUAUAUCAUAUCUAAAGGUAGCUUAAAAGCUGCAAAGAAGGAUUUCAACCAUUUAAAGAAUGAGUGGGAAAUAUUUUUAGAAUCCAGUUCGACUGUAGAUCUUUGCCCAGAUGAAGAUGCCAUACCCCCUCAACAGUUCUCUUUUAGACCUAUUAGUGAUAUUGAAAGCGCUGAGAAUAACUCUAUACUUGAUGUUAUUGGAGUAGUGAUUAAUGUAAACCCUUCUGUCCCUAUCAUGAGAAAGAAUGGAAUGGAAACUCAGCGGAGAAUCCUGAACCUAAAGGACAAGUCAGGGAAGAGUGUUGAGUUAACUCUCUGGGGGGACUUCUGCAACAGGGAGGGUCAACAGCUACAGGCGCUGGUUGAGGCUGGUCAUUUCCCUGUCGUGGCUGUCAAAGCUGGAAAAGUAAAUGACUUCACUGGGAAAUCCAUAGGCACUAUUUCUUCCACUCAGAUUUUCAUAGACCUGGAUCAUCCGGAGGCUCAUAGCUUAAGGGACUGGUUUGACCGUGGAGGUAAAGAUAUCGCUUCUCAUUCCAUAUCUAAGGAGAUCAUGCCUGGAGGAUCGAAGAAUGAAGUGCGUAAAUUUGUGUCACAAAUCAAAGAUGAAGGCCUUGGAAGAGCAGAUAAGCCAGACUGGGUCACAGUUAAGGCGACUAUAUCUUUCAUAAAGACCGACACCUUCUGUUAUACUGCUUGCCCAUUAAUGAUCGGCGACAGGCAGUGCAACAAGAAAGUGACAAGGUCAGUCGGAAAUUCCAGAUGGCUGUGUGAAAGAUGUAAUCAAGAAUUUGAGGAAUGUGAUUACAGAUAUCUUCUCCAGAUUCAAAUUCAGGAUCAUUCUGGGUUGACAUGGGUGACUGCUUUCCAGGAAGCUGGUGAAGAGAUAUUGGGUUGUUCAGCAAAGGAGCUGUACUUGCUAAAGAACGAAGAGCAAGAUGAGUUGAGGUAUGCGGAGAUCAUUAGGAAUUGUUUAUUUACAGAGUACCUAUUCAGGCUUAAAAUCAAAGAGGAAAUAUAUGGUGACGAACAGCGGGUGAAACUUACUGUGGUGAAGGCUGAUAAGGUCAAUAGUUCUGCUGAGUGCAGAUACCUUCUUGAUUCAAUAGCUAGAUUUUCGGCACGCUGA